UUCAGGAAGGUCCAUGACGUAACUAGCAGCCACGAUUGGAUCUCGCAAGAUAUAACAGCUACGUCCCGAUUAUACGUUUAUGUCCUGGCCACAUGAAGGGAUUUGCGCUGACCUCUCGUAAGAUCGGCAAGGUACCUGGCUUUAGCGCCCAUAGAGUUUCGCACCUUCCUGAACAAGCCGUGCGGGUAAGAACAGCCCUAAUCUAUGAUGCAAUACGCGAACGAGUGCUUUGCGAGGAACGGUUGUUCUUACGAUUAUACUAUCCAAUCCGAUACACUCAUCUUUGUGUGCUAGAUCCCGCGAUCCAAUCUUGCAUUCGGUGGGAAACCAGGCACUAUAUGCGUCGAUCAAGGCACUGGAGUCUGGAGUAUCUAGCACGCACACUCGGGCUGUUCUCUGCGGUACUUUUCAGUUCGCCCUUACCUGUCGCGAUAACUAUGGGUGCCUCCUUAUUAUAUCGUACAUCUGCGUCUUCCAUGAUUUUAGCCUCGACGGCUCUGACAUUGGAAAACUGGCAUCACCGCAUAUCAGGAAGUGCACCAUUUGCUGACAGCCUUCAUUGACUAUUGCAACAACUUAAACAUGGCCUUUUGUAGGCACUAUCAUACGUGUCUCUAGUUGUCGCUGUAUAGAUAUCCCGCAUGCAUCGACCUCCUCUCCGUAGAUGAAAUAACAACCUGACAUCGAGUUUCUCAAAAAAGACUCACAAACUUUACAGCACGAUCUAGGUUCUGCAUAUAAGAAGCACCAGAACCAUGAUCUGCGCAAAGUUCUAAACUACAACACCUUCACCCGUGUCGCUGAUAAGGCUGCAAACAAUCAACCAACCUUCCAACGAUCAUACCCGGCUCUGCGACAAGCACACGAAGAAUUUCGCGAACGAGAAUUGCAUCGCAUACAAGAUAGCAGAGCCAAGAUGGCAAGAACACUG